AUGCCAAUUACCACCGUUAACCCUUCUUCUCCAAACGCCUAUGGGCCUUCAGAGACUGCCCUUCUUCUCCUCGAUUGGUACUCUCUCUUUGUCGAGAGUCGCGCUGGUUCAGGCGCUGGCGCUGCCCUAGACAUCGCAAUCCAAUUCCGCAAAUGGGCCAAGCUGCAAGGCAUCGCCGUCAUGCACUACCUCAUCGACACCCAUGGCACACCCACGGCACACCCUUCCCGCUUGCAAAGGCACUCUGAGCUCGCCUUCUACCGUAUUCCCGGGCACAUCUCGGCACUCAAAUCUCCUAGCUUACUGGAACAUCUGAGAGAUAAGGAGAUCAAGUCUCUUGUGAUCACGGGACUAAGGAGUUCGGGUUGCGGACUGAGAACGACGGCCGCAGCGACGGAUGCCGAAUUUGCAACAACGGUGAUUGACGAUGCGUGCGCCAACGCUGACGAGGAACUCCACAGAGUCAUUUUAGAUAAAUUUCUGCCGUGGAGAGGUUACGCUAAGAAGAGUCUUGAGUUCGGACAGGAUUUUGAAGCACGGGUUAAGGGUUGA